AUUAAAUGCUCUCUUGCGGCCACUCUUGAUACCAUCAGCCAACGUAGCCAUUUUACAACAAAAUUAUUUAAAUAGGUGGUCUUAUUUGCAACUGGAGGGCAUUUAAUUGUUUUGUUUUCACUCGAAAUACUUUGUGCUGUUCCACAUGAAGGUUGGCGGCGGUGUUUCAUAAAGUAAAAUAGACUUCGCGCCAUUUUACCGAAAUGGAAGAGGACCGAACAUCGGAAACUGUCGUAAUGCCGGACAUCUCCGAACCACUAACGAAUGAAUCCGAGGAACAUGGAGUUUUGACUUCGGAAUCACAUCAAACUGUGACACCGGUUGCAGUUCCUGUGGCAUCAGUUCCAGUUUCGCUACCAGUUGGUUCAUUAAUUGGAGUUGCAAGUGCUGGUACAACAUUUAAUGUUAUCACACAUGAUCAAUUGCAGUUUCCUGCUUAUGCUCAGUUCAAGCCGCAUGUGCUGUGUGUGGACAACAGUUUCAUCUGUGACACACGGCAGGAUAAGGAUUCAGAACCACUGCGCACCUGGGUGAGGUCUCAGAAUGGAGAGCUGAAGGCAACACAUAUAGUAAUACAAAAUGACUCAGGUGGUGGUGAUGAUCCUAACACCCCUACUGGCACUCCUAGCACUCCCUUGGGACUGCGGGGGGAAACAGUCCCCAGUUCAUGGGCAGAAUCAGCUAACAUGCCUGUUCUACCUGUGAGAUGUAAGAAUACAAGUGCAGAGUUGCACAAGAAUCGGUUUGGGUCAGGUGGACGAGGACGUUGCAUCAAGUUGGCUGAUGCUUGGUAUACUCCUAGUGAGUUUGAAGCACUUUGUGGUCGAGCAUCUAGUAAAGACUGGAAAAGGAGUAUAAGGUUUGGUGGCCGGAGUUUGCAGACUUUGGUAGAUGAAGGGAUCCUCACGCCGCAUGCCACGAGCUGUACCUGUUCAGCGUGUUGUGAUGAUGAUACAGCAACCGGACCAGUUCGUCUUUUCACACCAUACAAGCGCCGCAAGAGGAAAGAUACAUCAGAUGGAGAGGGGGGGGCGCCACGCAAAUUGAGAAGUGCGGUGUCCAAAGAUGGCAGUAAUGGCGAGGAUAGUGAUGCAGAUCCGAUCGCUGUAGUGUCUGGUGACAACAAACCUAUUGGUGGUACAGGGGGAGAAGAUUGGCAGAAUUCUGCCUAUGUUCAGGGUCGUUUGGGUGAUGCAAUGGUGGUGGCAUCAUCCCCAGCCUCAGCAAACCAGCAGCAGUCAAGUUCAUUAUCCCCACCUGAAGGGUCUGCUUCACAGUCUGGUACACGAACUGAUGGCACAGAGUUCCAGACUGUCCCAUCACAAACAUCAUACAUCGACACUUUCAAAAAACUUGAGGAGAUAUCAGGGAAGAUAUUAAAGUUAGCAAAUCAGUUCCACCGGAUGUUAGAAGAAGCUCGAGAGCAGUGCCACCGUGAAAUUAAUAAUUUGAAAGAAGCCAAAGAGCAGGCAGUGUUGGCAGCCAGAGUUGAGACUCAUGUUGCCUGUACCAGGGCGGUGUUUGAACAACGGGCAGGUGAAACUGCACUUCCUGUUCAUGUGGUGGACAACCUUGAAACUGUAGGACUGCAACCAACUUCAGACGCUACCGAGAACAAGAAGUGUGCCAACUGUAACCGUGAGGCAUAUGCAGAGUGUUCACUAUGCCGACGCACACCUUACUGCUCAACAUUCUGCCAGCGUAAGGACUGGGCGAGUCAUCAGGUGGAAUGUGUGCGCACUGCAACUGAGCCUGGUUCUAUCAUGCUUAUAGUGGAAAGUUCAGAGCAGGUUCUCACAUCUCAGCCUGAGUAAUAACAAGAUUGACUCUAAGCACAUCACUAUUGGCUGGGUGCAUGGUUUUAUAGAUCUUAACCAGUAUUCAUUAUACAGAAGUUUUACAUCACAGAAUAUGCAUGGGGAUAUGGCAAUAUACUUUGGCUGCAAGACAAUCCAACUUAUUCCCUUUAAGUUAAGGAUGUUAUGUAGAUGUACAAGUUUUAAAACUUUGUUUGCCAUCUGUAUUUACUAGGUACUCAGUACCUUCAGUGUUGUAUGUGAGUAACAGGUUUUGCUCUCCUGCCAUUAUACAGAUGUUUCACAUCUAAUUUGCCAUACAUGGAGGGUGAUUAGGAGGUAAAUUGAGUGAAAGAUGUACGUAAAUACAAGUUUGGUCCUAUUUCCAACCAUUGCAGAGCAACAGACGUUUUAAAAUACUUUUGAUAAAUGGUUUUUAGUUGAAGAUGUUACCACUGUUGAUUCUUAGUUGCUUUACAUUUUGGUCAUCAAGUUAUGGCUUACUCAGAUCAGCACUAUGAGAAUCGUUUUAUUGGUCAUUGUAGUCCUAUAACUUGGCUGCCGAAAUCUCCAGGCCUAACUGCGUUUCAUUUCCUUUUAUGUUGUCUAAUUGAAAGGUGACAUACAGGACCAAUGUACACAUGAGGGAGGAACUCCCGUGGAUUAUGGAUACACCUCAGAUUGGUUUAUUAGAAGCUGUUUAUUAGAAACCUUAUUAGGUAUUUUGAACAGUUUUAAGACGUAUUCAUAAAAUUCAAAAAAUAAAUUUGUCUGAUUAAUGCUCUUAUUUAUUUUUGCCAGUGUGCAUCUUUAAAUGAUAUUAGGUUUGCAGUGGUUGAAAAUAAGACCAAUAUUGGAUUAAGAUUUUUACCCAAAUUUACCUCCUGAAACACCCCCUGAUGUCUAGCAGACUUACUGUGUAACUCUAUGUAAUUAAGGCUACAGUUUCAAGUCAGUAUAUUUUUAUUGAUAGUAUUCAUUCCCUCCCCCAAUUUUGUGAGAUAGCGGUGUUUUGUAGUUAUACAAUAGUGAUUCUAAUCCUUGAAUGCAACAUUCUCAAAUAGGGCUGUAGUAUUCCAUUUGUUAACUAAAGGCGCGUUCUCACGAAUCAAGUUUAAUUGACCGAUUAUAGUUGAUCAACAAAAGUUGAAUAUGACUUGAAUCAGUUUUUGUUCACACAUUUCAAUAGAAACUGAUCAACAGUUUCAGUUAAAAAUGGCGUCGAAAGCAGUUGUGCGUGAAGUUGUACGGAUAGUAACUGUUUUGUUAAAAGAAGAACUAAAAACAAUUUUAUUUAACAUGAGCAAAAAUCUUGUAUUUGUAACACCAUUUAGAAAUAGAUCCGCUCUUUUGUACCAAAACAGUUUCGGCACAUAUACUUCCUCUGUUCGCAUUCGACUUUUUUUUUAUUUGCAAACCAAUGAAUGUUCUUUUUUAUACAUCGUUCUAAUCGUCUUAAUUUUGUUCUUCAGAUCAGCAAUAGUAAGACCAGCAAUUUCCAUUUCUUUGACAAUAGAACCCAAAGCAUUUUCUCUUGCAUCUUUAUUUUUAUAUUUAUCCAGUCGGUGGUUCCAAAGACAAUCAUGCUUAUGA